CCCACCAAAACCACACACAAACAUAACCCUAACCGGUUUCCCAGCCCGCUUCCUUAUCUUUGCCAAUCUGGCAAAGCCUCUACAGCAUAUGCAGGCACUUUUGGAAUCCUUAUAUGAAAAAUCUAUUUUGCUAGUCAAGAAUAAAAGGUUCCUUUUUGGUGGUCAAAGUCAAGAGGUGGAUGCAAGCCCUGGGCACAUGCUCCUUGUCUGUUAUGGGUUUGCCUCAUAUCGAUCAGAUUUGGGAGUAGCCUUAUGUGCUUCAAGGCCUACCUCAAGGCUCAAGUAGAAGAUUGUCUUCUGGAUUAUUUGUGCGCAUACGUAGGCCUGUAUUAGACCAUUCGAUCGCUUUUGGGCACAUCUACUUUUUAAUUCUAAACUUAUCGAUGAGUCCUUUUAUAUGGUCCGGAAAAAAAGGGUGUUCCUUAAAGAUAUGCGCAGUAUAGGAGACAUGAUACAGGCGAAGAAGAAUCGUACAACGCUGAACUUGUGGACUGGAGGAAAGAUGAAUCGAUAAAGAAACAGUUGAAUAUCAAUGAAGAGCAAAUAUACGGAAGCGAUAAUGAGGGUCAACAUAAUGAACCUAAGAGCAAACGAAGACGGACAGCCAAUGAAAAUAAAGAACACUCCUUAGUAAAGGCAUUUGAACCUCAUUGCUCUGGUGGCGACCAAAAAGGUCAUCCAUCCAUAACAAGCUCGUCAACAUCCAGAACACAGAAAACGCCAACCAUGGCAAACAUGCAACCAUCAGGAAACAUGCAGCCAGCUACAGAAAACGUGCAACCAUCCUUUGCAAGCAUGCAACCAGCUCCAACAAAUAUGCAACCAUCCUUAUCGAACUCAAAAGCAACAAUAUUGAACAUACAACCAUCCAUACCAACACUUCCCCCAUCGACACUCGACUUGCACCCAUUCAUGACAAGUCUGCUACCAUCCAUACCAAGUCAGCCCCCAUUGAACCCAGCCACGCCUUCACAAGACUGCAGCUGGCGCCGCGAGCUUUUCGACAUCAUGCACGUGAUCUACCAUGAGCAGCAAACGAUACGUGCCCACCAAGUGACGAUGUUCAACCAGCAGAAGCACAUCAUGGACCAGCAACAGGCACUCCUUCAGCGGGUGGACCUCAUGAACUCGCGCUUUAGCCUCCAUGUCCCAUCUAAUGUACACAACCCUGUACCAUCAGGCGUAAACAUACAAGGGUCGGCGCCAUCAGCACCCACCUCUACACCAUUAGGUGGAAGCAUACAAUGGUCAACUCCUGCAGUCCCUGGCGUAAACUUUAAAAGGUCAGCGCCAUCAACAGCCACCUCUGUACCUAUAGUGACAGCCUCUGUACCAUCAGGCGUCGACGUACAAGGGUCGGUGCCAACAGUGACAGCCUUUGUACCAUCAGGCGUCGACGUACAAGGGUCGGUGCCAACAGUGACAGCCUUUGUACCAUCAGGCGUCGACGUACAAGGGUCGGUGCCAACAGUGACGGCCUUUGUACCAUCAGGCGUCGACGUACAAGGGUCGGUGCCAACAGUGACGGCCUCUGUACCAUCAGGCGUCGACGUACAAGGGUCGGUGCCAACAGUGACGGCCUCUGUACCAUCAGGCAUCGACGUACAAGGGUCGGUGCCAACAGUGACAGCCUUUGUACCAUCAGGCGUCGACGUACAAGGGUCGGUGCCAACAGUGACGGCCUCUGUACCAUCAGGCGUCGACGUACAAGGGUCGGUGCCAACAGUGACAGCCUUUGUACCAUCAGGCGUCGACGUACAAGGGUCGGUGCCAACAGUGACGGCCUUUGUACCAUCAGGCACAGACAUACAGGGAUCAACUCCGAUAGACCUAACCAGCCAUGAUGAUGUCACAAGCAUCCCUAUCUUUAGAUCGAGAGAAACGAAAAAACAAGUAUCGACUGAUGCCAGCUUGUCCGACCAUACAGCGUCCACAGCCACUAAUUUAUCACCACCAGAGGCCACGAUACCUCCUAUUCCUACGGGGAUACUAAAGACGCUUAUACCAGAACCGGAACCAGAACCUGUUCCACAAGAUUUAGCCAAUGACAGCUUCCGAACAAUAUGCGAAAAUAUACAUAGGAAGUCCUAUUCACACGGUCACUUUGCCUCCAUGAUGGUGAAGGAGUUGUACCCAGUGGAGGAACGGGCUGGAAGGAAUUGCAGUGGGACUCGGGGCAAAAGGCAGUUGGACAUCGGGCGUUGAUCUCUUAUCAAGGCUGCUGUCUUUAAGUAUUUCGCUGUAGCUAUAGAAAACAGGGGGAAGAUCUGGGAAGAGUGUGUGGAACGGAUUGAUGAGAUGUUGAGGAGGAAAAAAUGCAAAAACACGUAGAAAAAAGACGACUGUUCUAUCUAUAAUUUUUAGUUUUUGUUAAAGCUUGUAAAUAAAGAGAGACUUUUGCUACCUUUUUGAUUGCCUAGUUACACGAAAUUACCCAUUCAGAUAAGUCAAUUUGUUACAAACAAAACUAUCGCCUGAAGGCUGGUCAUAAA